UCCCUUUCAGUUUUCCUCUUCAAGUUCCUCGUGAUAGGGAGCGCCGGCACGGGGAAGUCCUGCCUCCUCCAUCAGUUUAUCGAAAACAAAUUCAAACAGGAUUCGAAUCACACGAUCGGGGUGGAAUUCGGCUCCAAGGUCGUUAACGUCGGCGGGAAGACGGUGAAGCUGCAGAUUUGGGAUACGGCCGGGCAGGAGAGAUUCAGGUCGGUGACUAGAAGCUACUAUCGGGGCGCAGCAGGCGCGCUGCUCGUGUACGAUAUCACCAGCCGGGAGACCUACAACGCCUUGACCAACUGGUUGACGGACGCCCGCACCCUCGCCAGCCCCAACAUCGUCAUCAUCCUCUGCGGGAACAAGAAGGAUUUGGACGCCGACCGGGAGGUGACGUUCUUGGAGGCUUCGCGUUUCGCUCAGGAGAACGAGCUCAUGUUCCUGGAGACCAGCGCCCUGACGGGAGAAAACGUGGAAGAAGCCUUCUUAAAAUGCGCGAGGACCAUAUUAAACAAAAUCGAAUCGG